AUGGUCUCCUUUUGGCCCUGGGGGAAGGAUGACGCCUCCCCGGCAUCAUUCGAGAAAGCCCUCUCUGCGCUCUCCGCGAAAAUCACAACAACCCAGACCCGACUCGAGCAGGACCGCGCAAAAUCAAGGAGGGUCAAAGUCCUCUCCACGCUGUACCUCGGUUUCGCAUACCUAGUCUAUGGCAUCGUAUUGGUCCUUGUAGUGGGAUGGACGAAGAUGGGACCCUGGGAAUGGACCGGUCUCGCGGGCGGUCCUAUCAUGAUCGCCGCGGUCCGCGCCGUCAUCACCAGCUUCUUCGACUACCGCAUCCAGCACUUCAAUGCGCGCCUUAAGGAGUACCAAACCGAGCGCGCCAAGACGAUCCAGAAGCUCAAGGACGCGACCAAGUACGAUUCGACCCUCGAACUACUCGAGAAAUACGGGGGCGCCGAGAACAAGCAGAAGAAGGGACAGCAAACAAGCGAGGAGGGGGGUGAUGGGUCCUCACAAGAGAAGGACGGACGUCGCAAGGGGAAACACCAGGGCCUUCCACAGCGCACAAACAUGCCGCCUCCUCCUACGGCCAACAUCCAACGGUCUCCUGUCCCUGGUGCUGGUUCUGGUACCCCUCAGCCCCGGCCACAGAGCAGGCCCGGGACGCUCACUCAACAACGACCGCAACAACAACACCACCAACAACAGCCCGACCACGACACAUCUUCCAGCUUUGCCCCAAAUGCCUUCGAAGGACAAGGCCAAGGCCAAGUCACCCCCGCAUUCAUGCAAUACCCGCCCGCAGCCAUCGCACCCCCCACCGAAUCCCACUGGUACGACCGCAUCCUCGACACCCUCCUCGGCGAAGACGAGACCGCCGCCAAGAACCGCAUCGUGUUACUCUGCUCGCAAUGCCGCCUUGUUAACGGUCAGGCACCCCCCGGUACCAAGUCCCUAGCUGACCUCGGCCAGUGGAAGUGCAUGGCUUGUGGUGCGGCCAAUGGCGAGAUGGAUGAGGGGAGGAGGAUUGUGCAGGAGGUUUUGGGGGGUGCAAAGCCUGGGGUGGAGGAGGUUGAAGGGAAAUCUGAAGAAGAGGUUGGGGAAGAAGAUCAUGAUGUGAGUCGGAGCUCUAGUGAUCUUGUUGAGGUGGAGGUGGAACGGGAUGUGCCUGAGAAGCAGGACUCAACCGAUGAAGGGAAGGGGAACCUUCGGAAGCGAAAGGGGAAGGGUGGUGCCCGAUGA